AUCGGUAAAGUCCAAACCCGGUCCGACAUGAUCCAUACAACCUUACCUCUCCCCGCAUCAAAAGCUCCCCCUCCCAAAGCCCCCGCCCGGCGCCCGCCUCCGGUCUCCCUCCCUCAUCCUCCCCCAUCUUCCUCCUCCGGCCCCCAGCCGCCGCGUCCAAUGGAGUCCUCGCUCCUCCUCUCCUCCCCGCGCCCCCUCAAGCCCUUCCACCCGCUCCGCUUCCACACCGGUCGCCGUCGCCACGCGUCGUUUCGCGGGAAGCCUUCGCCGCCGCCCCUGCCACCGCUCGCACACGGGAGCCGCCGGGUGGGCCUGGCGGUGCCGCGCGCCGCGAGCGUGUCGUUCGGCGACGGCUUCCGCAUCCAGGACAGGCCUCCCGGGACCGGCCGCGGGGGUGCUCCCCGGAGGUCCUACCGCGAGGCGCAGGGCGAAGCCGCCGUGCCACCCUUGGCGGCGGCUGCGAGAAAAGUCGCGCCCUACGCCGUGCCGGUCGGGGCAGUACUCAUGCUGAGCUUUGUCAUAUGGAAGGUGGUUCAGAAUAUGAUUCCAGGGAAGAAAAAGGACCAGAAUUCUGGAGAAUCUGCGCCUUCUGGGAUCAUGUGGUCCUUUGCUGCUGGUUCAAAUUUGUCAACACCUACCCUCAGUGCUGAAAAGGAGUCGCGGAAAAAUCUUAACAAGUUCUACAAAGAAAUUCGGACUUCGAAAACUGUUAACAUGGCAGGUCGUCAGUUUGGAGAUGAGGGCCUGUUUUUUCUAGCAGAAAGCUUAGCCUAUAACAAGAGUGCAGAAGAGGUGGACUUUUCUGGCAAUGGGAUAACAGCUGUGGGAAUAGAAGCCUUUGAUGGAAUUCUUCAGAUAAACACAACUUUGAAAACUCUCAAUUUAUCUGGAAAUGACAUUGGGGAUGAAGGAGCUAAGUGUCUUUCAGAUAUAUUGGUUGAAAAUUUCGGUAUUCAGAAACUCCUUCUGAACAGUAUCAAUAUUGGGGACGAGGGUGCCAAGGCAAUUUCAAAUAUGCUAAAAAAGAAUAAAUCAAUACGUUUUCUACAGCUUAGCAAUAAUACAAUUGACUACAGUGGUUUUGCAAGUAUUGCAGAAGGCCUUUUAGAGAAUAAUUUGAUACGGAGCUUGUAUCUCAAUGGCAACUAUGGUGGUCCUCUUGGUGCAUCCAGCCUAGCUCAAGGAAUUUUAGGGAACAAGUCAUUAAGGGAAAUUCACCUGCAUGGUAAUGGGAUUGGGAAUGAGGGAAUACGUGAGUUGAUGUCUGCAUUAUCUGCUCACAAAGGGAAGAUCACAAUUGUGGAUAUUGGUAACAACAACAUUAGCCCGGAAGGUUUACGUCCUGUUGCCAGCUUCCUCAAAAGGACAAAGUCCUUACAGUGGUUCAGUCUCUGCAUGAAUGAUAUUAGCGAUGAGGGAGCUGAAAAGGUUGCUGAGGCUCUGAAAGAUAACAAAACGAUUUCUACCAUAGACUUGGGUGGCAAUAACAUUCACUCCAAAGGUGUUAGUGUAAUAGCGGAAACUUUGAAGGAUAAUGCGGUGCUGACAACACUGGAUUUGAGCUACAAUCCAAUUGGAUCAGAUGGGGUAAAGGCUUUGUGCGAUGUCCUCAAGUUCCAUGGAAAGAUCCAAACCCUUAAGCUUGGCUGGUGCCAGAUAGGUGUGGAAGGUGCAGAGUGUAUUGCUGAUUGUCUCAAGUACAACACAACGUUAUCAACAUUGGAUUUGCGGGCAAAUGGACUUGGAGAUGAUGGUGCUAUAUGCUUAGCACGAAGUUUCAAGAUAAUCAAUGAAUCUUUGACAUCUCUUGACCUGGGUUUUAAUGAGAUUAGAGAUGACGGAGCAUUUGCAUUGGCUCAAGCACUCAAGGCUAAUGAAGAUCUGGCAGUCACAUCAUUGAAUCUUGCGAACAACUUCUUCACAAAAUUUGGACAGGUUGCUCUUUCGGAGGCGCGGGAUCAUGUAUUCGAGAUGCACGAAAAGGAGAUAGACAUUUAUUUUUAGGUGGCACCGGUUUCCCUCUGCACAAGUUAACACAGGAUCGAUGCUUAUUUGUCGAGUAGGUUGAAGAAUAAGGUCGCGGUAGAGCAAUGCUCUAUCCCUGUAUAGAAAAUUUUGGUGAAUUAGUCAACUCUUUACUCUUUAGGUUAGCCAUUCAAGUGUCUAUAUGCAAAUUUUGCUGGAGACAUCAGUCUUGUCUUGAACCAUUCAUACUGGUUGAAAAUGGAAUGGAUAUGAUGAGCAUCACGUGCAUACAGGACA